AUGAGAUUCCUUAUUAUUGGCGGAAGUGGUCGCACUGGCCAACAUGUUUUGAAUGCUGCAUUGAAAAAGGGACAUCAAGUCACAGCCCUAGUCAGGAAGGAAACGUCUCUUGACAAGCAGAAAGGCCUUGACAUUGUUGUGGGGUCACCAUUUAACGAAGCCGACAUCUGCAAGGCGAUCUCAUUUUCUGCCUCUCCGAUUGAUGCGGUUUUGGUCACUCUAAACGCACCAAGGGCUAGCGACAGCCCCUUCUCUGCGCUUGACCCAAACCUACCACUAGACUUUCUGACCCAAUGCGCUCGAAACACCAUCUCGGCUAUGCGUGCUGCUAGUCCCCCGGUCCGAAAGAUCGUUAUCAUGUCUACCGUCGGCACCGCAGAGUCAAUAAAGAGUUCGAAUUUCAUCAUGCGCUUCAUGUUCACUCGCACCAACUUGCGCUAUACUAGAGAGGACCAUGAGGGGGUCGACCGGGAGCUCCGAGCGCUCAAAGACAUUAAGUACGUCGAGGUUCGAUCCACGAUAUUGACGGAUGGCGAUGCUGCACCAGUCAAGGCGUAUCCUGACGAUGGCGCCGGAUCUGGAUUUAUGCCCAAGAUCUCUCGUGCCAGCGUGGCCGAGUUUAUGGUUGAGGCAGCCGAGGGCUCAAAAUACGACGGUUGCGCACCGGUGAUUUCGAACUAG